AUGGAAGAUAAUGAAAGAGGGUUGGCUAUAGUUACCUGGAGUGGAAAGAUGGCAAAAGGGAAUGUGAUGGAGGAUGAGGACCCUCGAAUGCAAGAAGAGAGCCAAGGUAUAGAGGAACGAGAAUUUCCUAUUCCACAAAACCUUGCCAAAGAACCACAUGAGGAUGCAGAGCAACAUGUUCAGAACUUAUCAAUUAAACUUCCUCUGGUGGAAGCAUUGUUGGAAAUGCCGGGAUACGCCAAAUUCAUGAAAGAGCUGGUUACAAAGAAAAAGAGCUUGGACUAUGAAACGAUUGAGGUCCCCUAUAGUUGCAGUGCAAUUGUGACAAAUGAGUCAAUCACUAAGAGAGAAGACCCUGGGGCAUUCACAAUCCUAUGCACAAUUGGCAUGCUCCAAUUCGCUAAAGCUUUGUGCGAUUUAGGAGCAAGCAUUAACUUGAUGCCCUAUGCAAUAUGCAAGCAACUUGGUUUGGGUGAACCAAAGGUAACCACAAUGAGACUCCUUAUGGCUAAUGGAUCAAUCAAGCACCCAGUGGGGAUACUCUAUGACAUAUUAAUAAAAGUAGAUUGGUUCAUCUUUCCAGCUGAUUUUGUGAUUCUAGAUUGUGAGAUCGAUACGGAAAUUCCCAUUAUUUUGGGAAGGCCAUUCUUAGCCACCGAGAGAGGAUUGGUGGAUGUCGAAAGUGGGAAAUUGAAGUUUCAUGUGAACGAUGAUGAAAUGACCUUCAAUAUCUAUAAAUGCAUGAAACAACCAAGUAAUAUCCAUGUGGUGUCUACUGAGGAUGUUAUAGAUGGGGCAGUGGCAAUUGUGAGCCAUUUAAUGCGCAAGAAUGAACCCCUUGAAUCUGUACUUGCCAAUUAUGAUGAAUUUGAAGUUCAAGGCUAUGAGGAAGUGGUAGCUUCCAUAACUGGGCUAAGAGUAUAUUCAAGGAAUCCAAUCAAGUUGAAUAUCGACCCGAAGAACAGAGAAAGUCCUCCUGCAAAGCCAUCAACAGAAGAACCACCGAAUCUGGAGUAA